AUGGUUGCUGGUUUCGUUUCCUCCUCGUUGGCUGUCGGUCACAAUGCAGUCAAGUCGAUACUCUUCCGAGUCGCCGGUCUCUGCCUUCAGAUCGGCGUCUUCAAGUUCUUUGCUCUGCUUGCGUCGGCGAAAAGUGCGUUCACUGCCUAUCUGAUGUUUACUGAGGAUUAUAUACAGAGGGCCCUGUUCGUAUUCUCUCGCGGAUUCUCGCACCACGCCGUUCUCGUCUUCUUCUUUACCAUCUUCUUACUCGGCUCCGGACUAUACGACACCUUGCUCUGGGGCCUCGAUUCUCCCGGCUAUAUUUCGCAGAAACAAAAUGUCACGGCUUCGACGGUCAAGAAUCACUUGCUCAAGAGGCCGGGGUACGUGAUAUUCUCAACCACAAAGCCAGAGGAUCUCGACACCCUUGACCAGCAUUUUAUGGACAGCAUGAACAGUAAUCUGUUCGACUCGAAUCUGAACUUUUCUUUGACCGGUCAAGUCAACCUGGGGACGCCAGAAACGAUCCCUCCAACCCAAAAAUUCAACCUGAUGAAGAACAUCGGGCCACGGAUAUGGCUGGACAAGGAAGGCCUCUCCGUGUCGCCCGAUACCUACGUCACUACGAGUUCGAUAAGCAACCUUGAGCACAAGGAAUACUAUAUUUGCCCCUGGGCUGCCCAGGUGGAAGAUCAGCUCGCGACAUGGGCAUGCUCAUUCGAUAAUAUCCACGCGGACCAAUUUGCAAGAGGUCUAGUCGGUCGACCGGAAAUUCAUUGGGAUGAUGUUACGGACCAGAACUAUCUGUCCGAGUACAUGCGCCCAAACCGAGAGGACAACCCCUGGACGUUCGUCGGAGCCGGAGGCGAAACUGCCAUGUUGAAGGAGAUGUUCUCUGUCACCAAAGGCCAACGAAGACAUACCUUUCUGAGUACUGUGAUGAAAGUAUCGGCAGUCUACAAUCACAAGGAGCCUUUCCCAAAGGACUCAGUACUUGAUCUCGUCAAGCGGUCCUGGUCCCCAGACCCGGCCCUCCUGGAUGAUCCGCGUAUCGCCAAAAUCGCCAAUAGGAUUGAAGCCGGAGUGUCAAAAAACCAAAGCUUCCAACUCGGCUCUGUUCAAAAGUUUGGACACUCCGUUGUGCAGCUCCAUUACGAAUAUUUGAAUGUCGUCUCAACUCAAGACAUAGUUGCCUUUUCGCUUUUUCGCAUCUCGCUAGUCAACAUCACCAUCAUCCGUUCGGAAACGCUGCCUGAACCCGUCAAGCCUUUCGAGCCGUGCGAUCGGUACUACCACAAUCGAGCAACGGGGGGCAAGGUAUAUGGCACAUCAUGCUAUGAACAGACUGAUAUGAACAACACGGGCGCGCGCUUUUUCGGACAGCUCGAUAGCUCCUCCGUUCUCAUCAUUGGAAGCACCCUGGGAGACGGUAGUACCAACCUUAGUUCCAAAGCACUCAAUCAAAACGGCUACGAAUGGAUUGCCAAAAACGAGGGCAAACUGGAGAACCUCGUCCUAUCCAGAGGUUACAUAAUGGCCAUUGACCCGAGCCUUGUCGGUCUAGAAAUCAGCAAAGUGCAAGCGGCAAUGUCACCUCUUCAAGUUCUGCUUGUUAUACUGCCUAUCGUCUUCUGUGCUAUUAUCUGGGGUUUGCUAUGGCGCCUUGCAGAGUCACACUACGCUUCUUCGCUUCUUGCCAAUCUCUACGCGACCACGAACGUUGGCGACACAAAUACCAGUGCAGAUCCUGGAUACAUAUACAAGAUGCCUGAUAUUAACUUUAUCAAGAAGGAUGGAAAGGUCCAGAUGGCCACUGCGUCCGGCGUUUUCAUACAUCACGAGCCUGAAGCUAUGGAAAACAUGGAGACAGGUUAUGUGAAAGUGCAAGAUCCGAGGGGCUCAUAUACCCCUAUCCAUAACGCACAAAGCGACGAAUCUUCUACUCGGGUGUAA